AUGGACUCCGCUGGUGAUGCCUCGCUGCGCCUUGCCCUCGAGCUGCAGAUUCAAGACGCGGAAGGGCUCAGCAGGCCGAAGCAAGAGGGACAAGACCGCAAGAGAAAAGCAAGCGACUUUGACGUCGCGCUCGGGGUGUACCAAGAGCAUCUCGCGACCGAAGUCCAGUCGGUCGGCGGCAGACUGCCAGCGCCUUCAGUCGAUGGAAGGCCCUCCCGGCCCAGGAAGCGCCCUGCCACCGGGCAAAGAAAGGUCCCUACUCCUGCAACAAGAGUGAAUCCACCGCGACAAGCCAAGGCAUAUGUAUGGCAAACAGCAGUGACUGCGCAGACUGUGGGCCCUGCGGAUAACAGCAGCGCUUUGCAGUGCGCGGGCUGCCUGGAAGUGCCAAAUGGGGACUCGUCUAUUCGUACACCCUGCAAUCAUUCGUACUGCAGCACUUGCCUCGUAAAACUGUUUACAGCGGCAACGACCGACGGCGGCGCUUUUCCCGCGUCAUGCUGCAUAGAACCAAUCCCGCUGGCAGACGCACACAGAUUUCUGCGCGCCGAGGUGGUGGCCUGCUACGAGAUGAUGCAGCUGGAAACGGACACGCAAGCGGCAGACCGACGAUACUGCCACAACGACGCCUGCGGGAGAUUCAUCCCGCCCGCCGACUUUGUGGGAGACCGUGCCCACUGCAGGUCCUGCUCGGCGCAGACUUGCAUCCUUUGCAGAGCCGCUGCGCAUGACGGCGUCUGCCCAGACGACCCAGCCCCGGACGAGAUACGAGCGCUGGUAGCGGCACGACGUCUGCGCUGGAAGCAGUGUCCGCGUUGCACAAAAUGGAUAGAGAAAAUCUCCGGGUGCUGUUACAUGGUGUGCCCCUGGCCGUGUAAGGCUGAAUUCUGUUACAAGUGUGGCGAGCCAUGGAAGGGAUGCAUUUGCAGACCGUGA